UUGUUCACCGAAUCUUCUGCUAGAUUGUCCUUUGUUUCCAAAAGCACGAAUCGCACGAAGAAGAAGAAGAAGUCAAAGACGAUACACACAACAAUGGCGACCUCAUCAUCAUCCUCUUACCUCUUCCUCCUCAUCGCGAUCAUCGUCUCUUCCCUUUCAGUCUCCACCAUCGCCGCUCGUCCUUGCAAAACCUUCCUCAUCUCCUCCUAUUCCCUCUCAAUAACCCCAGAAGAAAACCCUAACCACGAAUCCGAUCUCUCCUCCACUCGAUUCGUCACCGUCUUCACCAUCCGCCGUCUCAAUCCCCACCCAAUCGUACCUUUCUUCGUCAAUCGCCGCCAUGGAUUCCUCCCUUCCGCCGUUGAGAAACCUCAGAUCCAACGAUCGGAGGACGAUCGUGCCCAAUCAGCCUUCCCUAUGAUCUUCGAUAACAUCAAUUCGUUCAGAGACCGAACCAGAGACAUCCUCAGCGUCGUCGUGGCUCUCUUGUUCGGCGUCGGUUGUGGUGCCCUAACCGCCGCGACUAUGUACCUCGUCUGGGCUCUUGUCGUGAAUCGCCAUAGCUACAAUUUCGAGGAAGAUGAUUUCGAGAACGAUGAAUCUGAUGAAGCUAGCUUGAAGAAAUUGGGUUACGUCAAGAUCCCUGCUCCAGUUUCAGCUCCUGUGAAGGAAGCUGCUUAAUUCGAGGUUGUUCUUAUCCUAAUACCCAAACAGCAAAAACAAACAAAAAUUUCCUUUUGUGAAUUCAGUUUCUGCAUAUUAUCAUCAGUGUCUCUGCUUUUAACGUUGUUGUCUUAUCUAUGUUGCGUAUCAGUAAAUUCGAGUCUUUUAUGGAUUUAUCUAAACCUAAUAUACUUGAAAUUCGAGUCAUUUAUGAUUUGUAGUGGAUGUUUAUAAAUUAUAAAUUGUGUAAGUGUGUGAUUAUGAUGUUA